GCGGGCCCGUGACCAUGCUGGGAGGCGACGAGUUCAUCAGCUCCCCGCCGAGGAAGACGGUGCGUUUCGGGGGCACCCUCCCCGACAUCCUGCUCAAGUACGAGAAGGGCGAAACCACUGAUUUUGAGUUGCUAAAGCAUCAACUGUCAGAUCCAGACAUAAAGGAUGCCCAGAUCAUUAACUGGCUGCAUGAAUUCCGAAUUUCUGUUGCAUACUUGACGAAAGACUUUGAACAACUGGUCAGCAUUUUGCUGAAAUUGCCAUGGUUGAGAAGAAGCCGAGAUGUAGUUGAAGAAUAUCUGGGUUUUCUUGGCAACCUGGUGUCRGCACAAACUGUCUAUCUUAGGCCAUGUCUCCGCAUGAUAGUAUCACAGUUUGUUCCUCCUCGGAUAACUAUCAGAGAGGAUGAUGUGGAUAUUUCAGAUUCUGAUGAUGAUGAAGAAAACCUUUCUGAAAACUUCAAUACAUGCCAUAGAGCAUUGCAGACUGUAGCAAGAUACGUUCCUUCAACACCUCAGUUUCUCAUGCCAAUACUGGUGGAAAACUUUCCGUUCAUUAAUAAAUCAGAAAGAACUCUGGAAUGCUAUGUUCAUAACCUGCUACGAAUUACGGUGUACCUUCCAACGCUGAGGCUUGAAAUUCUGGAACUUAUUAUUGAAAGGUUAUUAAAGCUAGAUGUUAGCACUCCACAGCAAGAUAUUGAAGAUGCUGAGGAAACUGCUAAUAAUUCUGAUAGUGAGGAGAAAUCUACAGAGAAAGGACUGUUUGACAUGGAGGAAGAUGUAGAAACAAAACAGAACAAAGUUGCCUCUUCUGGUAGCGAGAGAAUGGCCCAUCCACUUGCAGAGCGCCUGGACAUUUUGAUGACUAUUCUAUUUGCUUAUAUUAAAGAUGUCUGCCAUGUAGAUGGCAAGCUUGAUAUUGGCAAGACAAAAGAUUUGUAUCGGGACCUGGUUUCUGUUUUUGACAAGCUCAUUUUACCAACACAUGCAUCGUGUCAUGUACAGUAUUUCAUGUUUUACAUUUGUAGCUUCAAAUUGGGGUUGGCUGAGGCGUUUUUAGAUCAUCUUUGGAGAAAACUGCAUGAUCCAAACAAUCCUUCAGUGAUCAGACAGACUGCUGGGAGUUACAUCGGCAGCUUCUUGGCUAGAGCUAAAUUUAUUCCUGUUGUUACAGUAAAAGCAUGCCUGGAUCUCCUGGUUAACUGGAUGCACAAAUACAUCGAUAAUCAGGAUACGGGCACUAAUGCUUACUGUGAUGUAGCUCUCCAUGGGCCAUUUUAUUCCACGUGUCAGGCGGUAUUCUAUACACUUGUUUUCCGUCACAAGCAACUUUUGGAAGGCAACUUAAGGAAAGGUCUGUCUUAUCUACAGAGUUUAAAUUUUGAGCGCAUUGUUAUGUGUCAGCUAAACCCUCUGAAGAUUUGUAUACCAUCUGUUGUUAACUUGUUUGCAGCUAUUACCAGGAAAUACCAGCUAGUGUUCUGCUACACAAUUAUUGAGAGGAACAAUAGACAGUUUAUACCAGUUGUUCGAAGUGGCACUGGGGGUGACUUGGUGCAGACUUGUACUAACCCACUGGACAGUUUCUUCCCCUUUGAUCCCUACAUACUUAAAAGAUCAAAGAAGACCAUUGAACCUUUUUAUCAGUUUUGGGAAGAAUUGAGUGCUGAAGAUCUUGAGAAUCUGAAAAAGCCUAUUAAAAGGGGUACUUCUGAAGAUGAAGAUGAUGACUUUUUGAAAGGAGAAACUCCUCAGAAUGAUGGCAUGGUUGGAAUUGCUCCAAAUUCUUACGAGUCAAAUACCCGGAGCCCAGUGAGCCCCACAGGCUCCCCUCUGGACUGUUAUGUGCAAUACCCACACUGACCUGCAGGAACAGAAGUGAACGGGUUAAAAUUGUGUGCAAUUUUCUGCUCUUCAAAGAGACUUUAACUCAAAUUUCUGAACUGGCAAAUGUUUAAGUAACUGCAUUGAAGAAAAAAUGUUUCUUAAUCAGAUUUCUACAGAUACAUUAUGAGAAAUUCAUAUGUUCCUAGAAAAAUCUAGUGAAUAAAUAGGGUGGUAUUUUACAAAUUUCACAUUGAAAUGUUUUUUAUGACUUCAAGGGUUUUGUAUAGUUUAUUUUCUUGAAUUCAGAAGCUUUUGUUUACUAAUUUUUCUCUACAAGGCUUUGUAUAUUGAGGUGAAGUUCUGGGCUUUCUUCCUGUUUAUUUCUGCAGCACUGGGAUUCUAAUGUUAGCGUUUAACCCAUGCUCUGCUGGCUGUGGUUUUGAGUUAGUUUCAAAGGAAUGGUAUGAAACUGUGCCAGGGAAGCUGUGAAUCCAGUCUGACUUCUAUUCUUUUUGCACACAUCCCUUAAGUGUUUCCCACCUGUAGAAUAGUGUUUCGUGAAGCCAUUUGUAGUGGAGAAUAUAUUUGGGUGAUGAGCAUUGUCACUGUUUAAAUAUAUAGCUGACAAAACUUUUCUGAACGGAUGGUUGCUGGAAGUGUUGAAAAUGACCGAGUAAGUGACUGUAUGAUUUGUAGAUAGCUUUCUCUGAGAUGCCAAAGAAGCGCUCUGAGAUAUUUAUUU